ACUAAUGCUUUGUUCUUUGUAUUUUAUUACUUCAUAAUUCAAUUAGCUAGUCUUGCUGCUCAAUCACCCCUCAAUUAUAUAGUAUUAGAGCAAUAAACCAUAAAAGAAAUGGUAGAUGCUGGGCGAAGGAAUACGCUCUUCUUUCCUGCUACCUUUCUAUCUCUCUUUGUAACAUCAUUGCUUCUGACAAAUGGUGAAGCUUUUGAUUAUCCAUCAAUUGUGGAGCCUCCAUUCUCCCAGACUAACGUCGUCCCAACUGACUUUAGUUAUUGGGAAUCAGCAGGGGUGAGACCUAUCUUGAUCAAUGGUAGUUUUGUUUGUGGAUUCCACUGCAAAUUUGAAGGAACCGCCUGUCUCUUUGCGAUAUCCAUCUUCCGAUCCAGUUUUGGUGGCAACUCCGGCUUUUCUCCACAAAUGGUAUGGUCUACUAAUCGAAAUAGUCCAAUUGGACUUUGGGCAAAAUUGCAACUUUCUCAAGAAGGGGAUUUAACACUGCAAGAUGUUCAUGGCACUCUGGUUUGGUCUACAAAGACAGCAGGUAAAUCUGUUUCCGGAUUGAAGUUAACUCAUCAGGGUAACCUUGUGCUGUUUGAUAGAAACGAUGAAACAGUUUGGCAGUCUUUUGAGCAUCCGACAGACUCUUUGGUCGUCGGACAGAGGCUGGUUUCUGGGCAGAUAUUGGUGGCAAAUAGGUCGGUCACAAAUUGGAGUGAGGGUUUGUAUUCAUUUUCAAUUGAUGAUGAUGGUUAUUUUGUUGCUUAUAUGGAAUCGGAUCCUGCUCAAUUAUAUUACAGAUCCAAAAAGUCUCAAUUAAGAACGGGGCAGUUUUAUGCUGAGCUGACUAACACAAGUUUUGGAGCUAGCCUUUCUCCAGGUUCUGGAUUUAGUUUUAUACAACUAGGGUCUGAUGGGAAGUUGAGGUUCUUCGGGUGGGUAGAAGUAGAAUCAAACUGGAAGGAAGUUUUUAAUUUGCCCGAGAACGGAUGUGAUGACCCACACCCACUGAUGUGCGGUGAAUAUGGAAUUUGUUCAGCGGGAAGAUGCAGUUGCCCAGAACCAGAUGAAAACGGAACAACGUACUUCAGGCAGCUAAAUCGUUCGCAGCCAGAACUCGGUUGUUCUCCAUAUAUUCCAAUAUCAUGUGAGUUUCCUUACCAGCACAGUCUUCUUGAACUCAAGAAUGUUGAUUAUCUACCCAGAACUAAUUAUCACAUAACAGACAUAGAGAGCUGCAAGCAAGGCUGUUUAAACAACUGUUCUUGCAAGUAUACUCUUUUUAUACCUGAUAGUAAUUCCUCAUCCCUUGGGCAUUGCUUGUUUAGAUCUGAAGUCUUUGCAUUCCAGAGCGCAGAUACUUCUUACAAUCAAUCUUUGUUUUUAAAGGUGCAGAGUUCAAUUGUGAAGCCUCCCAUCUCUUACAUUAACAACAUCUCAGACUCUAGUUGGGAAUCAGAAGAGUUAACACUGCAACCUUUCCUUGUCAAUGGGAAUUUUGUUUGUGGCUUCCACUGCAAAGCUGAUACUAAAAACAACACCUGCCUCUUUGCCAUCUCCAUCUUCCACUCCGAUUCCACCCCUUAUCCAAAUUUUAAAAUGGUAUGGUCUGCUAACCAAAACAAGCCGAUUGGACUUGGGGCAAAAUUGCAGUUUUCUCAAGAAGGGGAUUUAACACUGCAAGAUGAUCAUGACACUCUGGUUUGGUCUACAAACACAACAGGGUCAGAUGCCACCCUAGACUAUUACCAACAGUAUGAGGAUCAAAUAAACAAAACGUCGCAGUGUUAUGCUGAAUUCACUGACACUAAUUUUGGUCCUUUCCUUUUUUCACGGACUGGAGUUAGUUUUAUACAAUUAGGAUCUGAUGCGCACUUAAGGUCUUUUAGUUGGGUAGAAUCAGAAUGGAAGGAAGUCGAUGAUUUGUUUAAGGAUGAACUCAAUCGAUGUGAUUAUCCACUGGCGUGUGGAGAAUAUGGAAUUUGUUCAGCGGAAGGAAGAUGCAGUUGCCCAGAACCAGAUGAAAACCAUACAGUGCACUUCAAGAUGAUUAAUUCUGACCAGCCAGAUCUUGGGUGUUCUCCUUAUGUAGCAGUAUCUUGUAAGUCUUCUUCCCAUGAAAGUCUUCUGGAGAUCAAGAAUGUUUCUAGCUCUGCUAGCUACCUUCGAGAUAAUUCUAAUAUAACAGACAUCGAGCGCUGCAAGCAAGCCUGUUUAAACAACUGUUCUUGCAACUUUGUCAUUCAAAAGAGAAGUGGAUGUACAUUACAAUUCAUCUGUGUUUUUAAAGGUGCAGAGUUCAAUCACAGUGCAGAGCUCUCCAGGACAUUUUCCACAAAGAAAGAAAAGAAGCAAGUGUUUGCUCGAUCAACUUCAUUUCUUCCUUCCAAAUGCAAAGCAAUUGAGAAAGACUUGACCACUCAAUUAGCAGAUCCAGGGUUAGAGAUUGACGCUGAGAGAGAAACCGAUGGAUAAGCUAAUUUCUUUCCUUGUGUGUGUGGUUUUUUGUUUUUUGGUCCAUUACAAAUUUGUCAUUUUACAUUGAACGGAAAACAGUUGCAGCACUUCUGUUUUAAUUUCUGUGUGUAAUGUAAUACUAUUAGCUACUUCAGCUUCAUACUG